AUGAAGAGGAACGCAACCAAGAUCAAAAAAGCGGGAAGCACUUUGCCGGUGGAGUUGCAGGGGCGGCAAGAGGCGGUGAUUUUGGUUAAUUACGUGUUGGAUUAUUGGUUUAAAGAGACACUCUCGCAAGCAGUUGACCCAAAACUGAAGGAUGAGGCGCCGGUGGAGUUGCAGGGGCGGCAAGAGGCGGUGAUUUUGGUUAAUUACGUGUUGGAUUAUUGGUUUAAAGAGACACUCUCGCAAGCAGUUGACCCAAAACUGAAGGAUGAGGCGCCGGUGGAGUUGCAGGGGCGGCAAGAGGCGGUGAUUUUGGUCAAUUACGUGUUGGAUUAUUGGUUUAGAGAGACACUCUCGCAAGCAUUUGACCCAAAACUGAAGGAUGAUUUGGAUUUUGAGGAAUUGGAUUUGGUUUUGAAUGUGGGGUUGCUCUGUUCGCACUCCAUGCAAACGGUGAGGUCGAGCGUGUCGCAAGUUUUAAAAUUUCUUACCAGAAAGGAGCCAUUACUAGCGGAUUUCAAUACUGUGUUGGAGAUAAGAGAUGACUACUCAAGUCGAACGGUGAAGCCCUUCAAGUUCUUACUUUUCGCAAAUAUAGUACUCAACGACGUCGGUGCCGAUCACAGAAUCAUUCAUGUCCUCUUGCCGAAUUGCUACGAAAGUAUUGGAGAAGAGUAUCAAAGAGUGAAGGUGAAGAAGAAUUUUAAAGAUGAAUCGACGAGGCGAAGGCCGGUGGAGUUGCAGGGGCGGCAAGAGGCGGUGAUUUUGGUUAAUUACGUGUUGGAUUAUUGGUUUAAAGAGACACUCUCGCAAGCAGUUGACCCAAAACUGAAGGAUGAGGCGCCGGUGGAGUUGCAGGGGCGGCAAGAGGCGGUGAUUUUGGUCAAUUACGUGUUGGAUUAUUGGUUUAAAGAGACACUCUCGCAAGCAGUUGACCCAAAAAUGAAGGAUGAUUUGGAUUUUGAGGAAUUGGAUUUGGUUUUGAAUGUGGGGUUGCUCUGUUUGCACUCCAUGCAAACGGUGAGGUCGAGCGUGUCGCAAGUUUUAAAAUUUCUUACCAGAAAGGAGCCAUUACUAGCGGAUUUCAAUACUGUGUUGGAGAUAAGAGAUGACUACUCAAGUCGAAUCGGUGAAGCCCUUCAAGUGCUUACUUUUCGCAAAUAUAGUACUCAACGACGUCGGUGCCGAUCACAGAAUCAUUCAUGUCCUCUUGCCGGUGAUGUGCAUGAACACCUAUGUAAAAUGUAUUUUAUUUAUUUAUUUGUUUUGUCACCACUGGUAUUGUUGAUGAAAAAGAAGAAUUGCUACGAAAGUAUUGGAGAAGAGUAUCAAAGAGUGAAGGUGAAGAAGAAUUUUAAAGAUGAAUCGACGAGGCGAAGGGAAGCAAAAGACGAUUUCCAAAGAUCUAGAAAGAAUAAAAAGGGCUGUGAAGUUGCAAUUUUAAAAGAAACAAGUAUAUCAACAAAGUUAAAGGGCAGACCAAGGAGAGCCGAACGAGCCUAUCCUAGCUUUAAGGGUUACAAUUUCGCCAGCAACCCUAGUUCUUAUUAUCUACAGAAGAGGCUUGCUGCCAGCGUCCUAAAGUGCGGAAGGGGCAAGGUUUGGCUCGAUCCAAAUGAAGGCAAUGAGAUCUCCAUGGCCAAUUCUCGUCAGAACAUCAGGAAGUUGGUCAAGGAUGGAUUCAUCAUCAGGAAGCCAACCAAGAUCCACUCACGAUCACGUGCACGUCGCAUGAAGGAAGCCAAGAGGAAAGGGCGUCAUUCAGGAUACGGUAAACGUAAGGGAACAAGGGAGGCAAGGUUGCCAACGAAGAUUCUAUGGAUGAGGAGGAUGAGGGUGUUGAGGAGGUUGCUGAGAAAAUACCGAGAGUCAAAGAAGAUUGACAAGCACAUGUAUCAUGAUAUGUACAUGAAGGUGAAAGGUAAUGUCUUUAAGAACAAGCGUGUGUUGAUGGAAAGCAUUCACAAAUCAAAGGCUGAAAAGGCAAGAGAGAAGACACUCUCUGAUCAGUUUGAAGCCAAGCGUGCAAAGAACAAGGCCAGCAGAGAAAGAAAGAUGGCUCGCAGGGAGGAGCGUUUGGCUCAGGGCCCACAGGAGAGAGUUCCAGCUCCAACACCAGCUCCUGCAGCUCAACCUGCACAGGCAUCCAAAAAGUCGAAGAAAUGAGAUUGUUGGGGUGAGAAUGUCAGGGAUGAAGAAAGUUGAUGCUUUUAGUAGUCUUGAAGUUUUGUUCUUUGACCUGUUGGCUUCCUUUGUUUUAUUUUGUUUGGUAACAGUUUUUAUUAAGGAGAUUAAAACUUAUGAUGAUUGGAAGUAUUUUAAUUUAAAGUUGGUUUUGAUACUUGUAAUACUUUCUGCACUGCUUUGUUGUUACACUGUUGUAGAAUGAAUGUUCAUGAUGCAUGGCUAGUAGUGAGAGUAUGCAUAUUUGUCCCUUGUUAAGAAUAAGGCAAGAGCCUUUUUUAACUUGAGUUUGCUAAGUUUCUGUUUAUGUGGAUUUUCAAGCGACAGUCAACAAAGAGUGAU